AUGAAGUGCAUUGUCCUCGUUGUUUUAUCCUGCGCUGCAGCACUAAACGCUCAGCCAUUCGGUCUUGGUCUUGGGAGAUUGGGCAUGGGAGGACUCGGUAUGGGCUUGGGUGUGGGCAACGGUAUUGGCCUUGAAGGCUUGGGCGUAGGCAACGGUAUUGGCCUUGGAGGCUUGGGCGUAGGUGGAUUAGGAAUGGGGAGAUUGGGACUAGGCGGUUUGGGCGUGGGAGGAAUGGGAAGCUACGCCAACGGCGAAGGCUAUGGUGGCCAAGAGUUCGGUAGCGGUGCCAGUGGCGUAGGUAACGCAGGUUACCAAAAUUCAGGAAUGGGUGGUUACCACAAUGUCGGAGCUCAUAAUAACAGGGUUAUGUCGGUCAAUCAAGCUGAGGACUCUGGUUUCCACAACAUCGGUGGUGGAUCAACAAUGAAUAACGGCGGCUUUGAAGGAAACGGAUACAACGGGUAUCAAAAUGGCGCUUCGCAAUUCGGCAACGGUUUCGGGGCUGGCAGACAAGGAAUUAUGAUAUAA